AUGAGCCACCAGUUUAGCUCCCAGUCAGCAUUCAGCUCCAGGAGCAGGCGGGUUUACAGUGGUGGUUCCUCUGCGAGCUCUGGUGGUGGGAGCCGGGCUGUGAGGUCCGUGUGUCAGGCCCGAGGGAGGUGCGGCAGUGGUGGUGGUGGGUAUGGGAGCCAUGCAAGGGGGUUUACCUCCAGGAGCCUGUACAAUCUGGGUGGCAGUAAAAGCAUCUCCAUCAGCCUAGUGGGGAGAAGUGCCAGUGGUUUCUGCCAGGGUGGGGGAGCAGGAGGGGGGUUUGGAGGAAGGAGCUUUGGAGGUGGUGGUUUUGGGGGUCGUGGCUUUGGAGGUGGUGGCUAUGGAGGAGGUGGUCUUGGGGGUGCUGGGUUUAGGGGUGGCAAUUUGGGGCUUGGGGGCUUUGGUCCUUCUUGUCCCCCAGGGGGUAUCCAAGAAGUGACCAUUAACCAGAGCCUCUUACAACCACUUCACCUGGAGGUGGACCCUGAAAUUCAGAGGGUUAAGAUGCAGGAGCGGGAGCAGAUCAUGGUUCUGAACAACAAAUUUGCCUCCUUCAUUGACAAGGUGCGAUUUCUGGAGCAGCAGAAUCAGGUGCUCCAGACAAAAUGGGAGCUACUGCAGCAGGUAAACACGUCAACUCAGACCAACAACCUGGAGCCCGUCUUUGAAAGCUACAUCAUCAAGCUGCAGAGGCAGGUGGAUUUUCUCAGAGCGGAGCAGAUGCGCCAGAGUUCGGAGAUCAGGAGCAUGCAGGAUGUUGUGGAUGACUACAAGAGCAAGUAUGAGGAAGAAAUCAACCGGAGGACUAGCAGCGAGAAUGACUUUGUUGUCCUGAAGAAGGAUGUGGAUUCUGCUUAUCUGAGCAAAGUGGACCUGCAGUCCAAGGCAGACACUCUGCUUGAGGAGGUCGAUUUCCUGAAAUAUUUAUUUCAAUCGGAGCUGUCUCAGAUGCAGACCAACAUCACUGACACCAACGUCAUCCUGUCCAUGGACAAUAACCGCUCCCUGGAUCUGGACAGCAUCAUCGAUGCCGUGAGGAUCCAGUACGAGGAGAUUGCACAAAGGAGCAAGGACGAGGCUGAGGCCCUGUACCAGACCAAGUACCAGGAGCUCCAGAUCACAGCGGGAAGACAUGGAGACGAGCUGCAGACCAGCAGGAUGGAGAUCUCCGAACUCAACCUCACCAUCCAGAGGCUGCAGGCAGAGAUUGGCAACGUCAAGAAGCAGAUAGAGCAGAUGCACACCAUCAUCUCUGAUGCAGAGCAGAGGGGACAACAGGCCCUCCAGGAUGCACAGCAGAAGCUGCAGGACCUGGAGGCUGCCCUGCAGCAGUCCAAGGAGGAGCUGGCCCGCCUGCUGCGUGACUACCAGGCACUGCUGGGAGCUAAGCUGUCCCUGGACGUGGAGAUUGCCACCUACCGCAAGCUGCUGGAGGGAGAGGAGAGCAGGAUGUCAGGGGAGCUGCAGAGCCAAGUGAGCAUCUCUGUGCAGAGCAGCCAGCUGACCAUCGGCGGAGGUGCCCGGGGCUCUGGAGGUUACAGCGGUGGCGGAGGUUACGGAGGCGGCGGAGGUUACGCAGGCGGCAGCAGCAGUGGAGGCUACGGCGGCGGCGGCUCGCGCGGGGGCUCGGGCGGCUACGGAGGAGGCUCUCGAGGGGGCAGUGGAGGCGGUUAUGGGAGCGGCACUGGGAGCUACGGAGGGAGUAACAAAAGUAGCAGCAAGUACCGGGGCGGAAGCGGCGGCGCCUCCCGAAUGCAGAUAAUCCAAACGUCUACCAGCACCUCCCACAGGCGAAUCCUGGAGUAG